UGUAAUCAUAUUGGACUUAGACAUGGAUUGUAUUUUACAACUUGGACUUAUCCAAACUUACAAGCCUAAAUACAAGCACAAAUCCCAUUCCCAAAUCUCACCCUCUCACGUGAGAAUGUGAGAUUUGAAAUCUAUCGACACAAAGCAUAAAUCAAGAACGACAAGAGCAUCUAUUUUCCUUCUUGUUUCACAUAUGUGAGGAGUCACCACUGUGCGAUGCCGCUAUGUAUUCCCUUGGUCAAAGUCUGAAACUUCUGUGUUGGAUCAGUUAGAAGGUUGUCGGGAAAAAUACCGCCCCGGUCGGAAGAGAUCAGAAACCUAUAUUCACGUGUCCUCCUCUUGGCUUCGAGCUCCCAACCACGCUUCCUGCUCGGACGAAUCCCUAACUCCAUCAAUGAAUCUAUGUCGUGGCCUACAAAACUCCAUCUCUGAAUCCCUAAAAUAAAGCUCCCACUUUGAUGAAAAUUGGUAACUUGCAGGUACGGGCAAGAUAAUCUUCAAAGCUUUUGAGCACCAUUCAAAGCUUUUGAAAUAAAGUGUCCGCUUUGAUGAAACUUCAUAAAGCUUUUGAACACCAUUCAUAAUCCAUAAGUCUUGAUAUGUCUAACACAAAAAUCCACAAAAAUCUACUCAAGUCCAUAUAAGUCUACUAAAAUCACAUAUUGUCGCAAAUCUUAAUAAGUCUAAAUAAGUCCCAAAUGAAUACACCCCUUAAUGUCUAGAAUUUCAUAAAUAAAACAAUAUUUGUAUUUGGAUAAAAUAUCUUUAUACGGUUGGAGCAUUGCCGUUGCGCUUGUUGGACUACCACUACCAACAGAUUGUCCCGAUAUGAUGGGAGAACUAAGGGAACAAUUAAGUAUACUAGAGUAAAAAUUAUAUUAAUUAAUAAUAUUAAUUAAUUAAGCACAUUAAUUAAUUAUAUAAGGGUAAAAGAUCAAUUUUCUCUAAAGCAAAGUAAUUGUUUUUAUUACAUUAGAAUGCAUAAAAUUAAUAUGGGCCUAAGUUUAGAGCUGGGCUAAGUGAAGAUAUUAAGAACUUUCUGUCUCAACAGCCCUGCCAGCACAUGAGCUAUGACUAUGAGUACUCCGUUGGCGCGAAAAGCUGCCAGGCUUCUUCUAAGACAAAAAAUUUCCCUCCAUAACAAUCGAUCAAUUUAUAUUUUAUACUAUACUAUGUACUGCGUAGUACCCAUUUCAAAUUUCCCGGAUUCACUAAAACCCUGAUAUUCAUCUUCCCGCGAAUCAGUCCGCUUUCUCGGCUGAGGGAUGGCAAAAAGUUUCAUUGAUGAUCUCCAGGAUGUACUAACCGGCGUAUCGUCACCAUCGUCGUCUACAAGCAAACAGUUAGCGUAUUCAAAACUCCUGAACCUCCAACAGCUCUCUUCUAGCAGCAGCGCCGAUCCUUCUUUCAUCACAUUGCUUGCGGACUCUUCGUCUACACUAUUGCGAUCGAUUCUCAUUGAUAUCUUCGAUCAGGAAGAAGAAAUGAUUUCCGUACAGGCUUUGAAGUGUUUGGGGUUUAUGGUUUAUCAUCCUUCCAUACUUGCUUCAGUCAAAGGCGAUGAUGCCAACUUGAUUGUUGAGUCACUUGUUAAGGUUAUUACAACAACCAAGAUAAAGUGGGUUUGCAAUUUGGGUUUGUGGUGUAUAUCAAUGCAACAGUUUAAGACACCGCUUUUGGACACACAUUUUCAUGUUUUGUUAAGGGCAGUUGUCUAUGGCCUUAAUAAUCCUAUGGGCUCUCUUUCUAUAACAUUCGAGGCUUUGCAGGCAGGCUGUGAUGAAGUUGGCUGGUUCAUUAGGCGAAAAGAUGAGAAACUUAUCCCAUUUAUGGGUUCCUCCCCUUUAUAGAAGACUUACAAGUGAUAAUAAAAGGGAGAGGGAAAUGUCUGAGAGAUGCUUACUAAAAUUGAAGAGCAUUAUAUGUCCUCCACCAGUCACUCUUUCCAAGGCAGUUGUCCUAGACUUGAAGAAAAAAUUGCUUUCUGAAAUAGAAGACAUGAUCAAUCACGGGAAGAAGAUCGAGGCUCUUAAAGCAUGGGGAUGGUGUAUGCGCUUACUUGGACCUUAUUUGACCAAACAUAAGCAUUUAGUCAAUGAGUUGCUCAAACUUCCAACACAGACUUUUUCAGACUUUGAUCCACAAGUUCAGAUUGCUUCACUGGUUUCCUGGCAAGGUUUCAUUGAUGCAUUAAUCUGUCCACCAUUUGAUGAUCCUGAAACCAGUUCCGCUACUGGGAAUGCUGCAGAUGAUGUGAAAGUAGAUGAAGGGGACUGUAAAAGGACCAUUCCAAAUGGAUUUUCCAAGAAGAUUUUGCUUAUAAUGACACCUCUUAUAGGAAUUAUGAACAGUAGAUGUGAUUUAUCUGUUCAUGCAUCAUGUCUCUCCACAUGGUGUUAUCUAUUGCAUAAGCUUGAUACUUCUGUCAGCCAUGAUCCAGUGGUCAGAAUUGCGUGCCAACCAAUUUUUGAACUUGUAUUUCAAACCGGACCUAAGGACAAGAACAUGUGCUCAUGGAAUUCUUGCAUUGAACUACUUGAUAAUUUUAUAUUAACGAGAAGUGGUCGAAAUGAAAGCACAAUUCUCCAUGGAGGUGCUGAUUUGUCUCCUAUCAAAUGGUCACCUUGGGAUCUAAGUCAACUGGAGUUUUUUGUGAAUAUGAUACAUUGUUUGUUCAACCAAAGAUCUGAUCCUGUGGGGCCUGAAAUAUUAGUAAUGUUGACACACAAUGCUGUGUCAAGGCUAUUCAGAUCUCUGUUGAGAUCGGUUCAGAAUGUGUUAAGAUCAUCAAUUGUCACUUAUGAUGAGGUUAUACUAUGUCUAAAUGUUAUUUUGAAGUUCUUCCAGGACUUGCUUGAAAAAACAGGUACAAGCAAUACAAUCUCCCUUCAACUUUUAUAUUCUGCAGUGGAGGAGUUAGACCCUUCAGUACUUGAAUCCCCUCUGUACAAAGUGGAGUUGGAUAUAGAAGCCCUUCAAAAUGUACAGCCAAUUUGUAGGAAUCUCAAAACAUCAGACAUUGAUGGUGUGGCUUAUAUGAGAAAGGUUUCUCGUGCAGUGUAUAUAUGUGUUCUCUACUUUAUCACAGUGAUCAAGUUUCCUUUGGCUGUCAUACCUGAGAUGUGCAGCUUUCUGAAAUUGAUACUCUCUUCAUAUGACACAAUGGAGAUGCUAAGGGUGUUUGUUGGUUUAUUGUAUACUCACAAGGAAUCAAAUUGCUUCGAGAUAUGGCUAACCAUUGCAAAAUGUCUUAAAGAGUACAUAAUGAAAGACAUCCCCAGUUAUUCUGCAGUUAUGCUUCUCCUAAACUAUCCGUUUGCUGCUUAUUCUGUCAUUCAGAAGCAGUUUGAGAUUUCAAGUGUCACUGAUACAUGGGAAUUAUUUUAUGGUUCUAUCUGUCAAUGUUCACAAAUUUGCCAUAUGGAUUUGACAAGGGACAUGUUUGGCAUUUUGAAUGGAAACUUUGAUGAGAAGUGUGGUGACUUUGAUUUUGUCCUAUUAUUAGGAAAUGCAAUGAUAUGUGUUUUGGAGCAGGCUAUUAACAAUAAACAUAAAAGUAAAUAUCAUGAUCCCGAGAACCUCAACAAUGCCAUUAUAAGCUUGGAAAUUGCUCUCAGGUUCAUGAAGAUGCCUUGGGUGAUUGAAGAAGGAAAUUUGCAAAUGAGCUUUACUCUAGCAUCAAGGAUACUGUCAAAACUGGCCAACUUCAUUGGGUGUUUUCCACUACAUCAUGGUUUUAUCUCAUUUUUCGAGAUUACAACAAAACCACUUCUUCUGUGGCUGUCGCGUAUGGAUGUCCAAGACGAUGGCUUCAAAGAUCAACUGCAUAUGUUAUGGAGUGAAAUCUUGAAGAAUCUGCAGAAGAGCAGCCAAACAGCAUUGAACUUCGAUUCAUCAUUUCUGAAACUGCAAUCCCCCCUUCUGGAGAAAACUCUAGAUCACCCAGACCCAAACUUUUCCAACCCAUCCAUCCAGUUUUGGAACGCCACAUAUGGUGAACAGAUAAAUUUACAAUACCCUGAAACCUUGCUUCCCGUUCUUGACAAGCUCUCGAGGAAUGGGAGGUUGAGUCUCUCCAGAAAAACUCCGCCCUCUCAAAAGAUAUGGAAGGUCACUGCCUCCUCCCUUAACCGGUGGUCCAAAAGAGUUGAGUUUGCUCAUGAGAAAACAGCAGUGGGCGGGAAAAGGAAAUUUGAUGAGCUGACCGAACAUCAGAAGGAAGUGAGACGUGCUCAACAAGGGCGGGCGAGUGACUCCCUUGGUCGGGGCCCGGGGAUCCGGACUUACACCAGUGUUGAUUUCUCUCAAGAUAAUGAAGAGUCACAAGAGAGUCAGGACAUUAGAGAUGCUGAUUCCAUCCUGGAGAUGUUGAGGAAAGUUCAUUAACAAUUUAACAUGCCAGGACAUUGCUUUAAAAAAUUUCAGUUAGGGGGUGUCUUAACUUGUGCAAGUUAAAGACUAAGUAAACCUGUGGAUACGUACUAGUGUAAUAAUAGGUAUAUCAUACCUACUGUCCCUAAUUGGAUGGGUCUCUAGGUACUCAGUAGUCAUCGAGUUUCGACAGUUUUGUAUGGGAAUUGAGUAUUCUCUGUUCUCCUUCCCCACACUAUUAGAGAGAUGACGUACAAAGCAUUCAAUGUGGAAAGUAAAGUAGGGGUGGAG